AUGCCCACAGAGGCGUCGGGCGACCUCAAUGGCGCUCCGCACGGGAGCAAACGGGGCGCGAGCGUGGGAAGUGGCUCAUCUGGGGGAAGCGGACACUUCACCUUCAGGACCAGGGCGCCCGCGCCCACGGGGGGCCCGCCUCUGGGCUCAAGUAAAGAAUCUCUGAACUUUGAGGCCCUUGCGGGCUUAGUCGGUCCCGCAGCGGCGGCGGUGGCGGCCCCCGCGCCCGAGGCCUGGCCGGAGCUGGAGCUGGCGGAGCGCGAGCGGCGGCGGGAGCUGUUGCUGACGGGGCCGGGGCUGGAGCAGCGGGUGCGCGAGGCGGGCGGGCGGCUGCCGCCGCGGCUCUUCACGCUGCCGCUGCUGCACUACCUGGAGGUGAGCGGCUGCGGGAGCCUGCGGGAGCCGGGCCCGGGGCUGGCGCAGGGCCUCCCGCAGCUGCACAGCCUCGUGCUGCGGCGCAACGCGCUGGGGCCCGGCCUGAGCCCCGAGCUCGGCCCACUGCCCGCGCUGCGCGUGCUCGACCUGUCGGGCAACGCGCUGGAGGCGCUGCCGCCGGGCCAGGGCCUGGGCCCCGCCGAGCCGCCGGGGCUCCCGCAGCUACAGAGCGUCAACCUCAGCGGCAACCGGCUGCGCGAGCUGCCCGCCGACCUGCCGCGCUGCGCCCCGCGCCUGCAGACGCUCAACCUCACGGGCAACCGCCUCGACUCCUUCCCCGCCGCGCUCUUCCGGCCCGGGGCGCUGCCGCUGCUUAGCGAACUGGCGGCUGCCGACAACUGCCUGCGGGAGCUCAGCCCCGACGUCGCGCACCUGACCUCGCUCAAGACGCUGGACCUCUCCAACAACCAGCUCAGCGAGGUCCCGGCAGAGCUGGCUGACUGCCCCAAGCUCAAGGAAGUCAACUUCCGGGGAAACAAGCUGACAGACCGGCGGCUGGAGAAGAUGGUGCACGGCUGCCAGACCAAGUCCAUCCUGGAGUACCUGCGCAGCGGAGGCCGGGGUGGCGGGCGGGGCAAGGGCAGGGCAGACGGUCCUGAGAAGGAAGAGGCCCGCAGGAGGCGGCGCGAGAGGCGGAGGAGGGAGAGUGGUGAGGGCGAGGAGGAGGAGGUGGGCAGCACCAGCAGGCUGCUGCUCCGCGUCCUGCAUGUGUCUGAGAACCCCACCCCGCUGACCGUGCAUGUCAACGCCGCAGUCAAGGAUGUCCGGCCAUUCAUUGCGGGGGCUGUCGUGAGAGGCAUGGACCUGCAGGCUGGGAAUGCGCUCAGACGGUUCCUCACCUCCCAGACAAAGCUCCACGAGGACAUCUGUGAGAAGAGAACAGCGGCCACCAUCGCAACCCACGACCUCCGGGCCGUGCGUGGGCCCCUGGUCUACACCGCCCGCCCGCCGCAAGACCUCAAGAUUGUCCCCUUGGGGCGCAAAGAAGUCAAGGCCAAGGACCUGGUGCGGCAGUUGCAGCUAGAGGCUGAGGAGCAUAGGAAGCAGAAGAAAAGACAGAACGUCUCAGGCCUCCACAGGUAUCUGCACUUACUGGAUGGGAAGGAGAAUUACCCCUGCCUCGUGGAUGCUGAUGGUGACGUGAUUUCUUUCCCACCGAUAACCAACAGCGAGAAGACAAAGAUUAAGAAAACAACUUCUGAUCUGUUUUUGGAAGUAACAAGUGCUACAAGUCUACAGACCUGUAAAGAGAUAAUGGAUGCCCUCGUGCUGAAAAUGGCAGAAAUCAACAAGUACACUCUAGAAAAUAAAGAGGACGGAUCCCUUUCAGAUCCUGAAGCUGAUGCAGUUUCUGGACCACCUCUGGGUCCCAGCACAAGCCCAAGUGCCGAAAAGGACGGCAGUGCCCCGCUGGUGGUGGAGCAGGUCCGGGUGCUGGAUGAGGACGGGCACCUGAGAGUGGUGUACCCCUCCAAGACGGACUUGGGCUGUGCUGCUCCCCACAUGACCGUGAUCCACUGAGCCCCAGGCAGCAUGUCCGCCACUGCCACGCGUGUCCUCAGCCGUGCCUCUUGUGGUGACAUCAAGUUACGCAUCACAUUUUCACCCCGGUGGUUCUCAAGGUGCACGCGUUGGCUCUUUGAUCGUCCAGACAGUUCUCUCCCGUUGCAGUGACACCACAUUAUCCUGGGCUUGAAUCACUUUCCCUUUCCAGCACCAAAUUGAUUACUAACGCUUUACGAAAUUAUUCAAAUAUCGGAAUUAACUGUUCAAAACGUUCUGAGAUGAUGUGGAUAUAGCAAAUACCUUUAUUCAGGGGGAAAAAACACUAAUUGGCUUGGAUAGUCAGCUGUACCCUGGGAAGCUAAAGAACACACAUUUCGCUGAGCUAUACCAUUACUUUUCUACAAUACGGCAUCUUUUAAAACCACACCACACCAGUGGUACAGCCUACAGAUGUGGAGUGAUGUCAUGUUCCUACCUUGCCGCAAAUCGUCAUCUUUUUAUGAAAAGAAUAUUUUUUAGGUGA